AUGAACAUAAUCAUGAUUGUUGAGACGGUCCCAGGAGACAUGUUAAAUCAAACAAGUUCAUAAAAAUUGAGUAAACACUUUUCACUUCAUACCAAAUAGAUAAGCAAUGGUAUAGAUGGCCUUUAACACUAUUAGUGGUAAGUGUAGCUCAAAUUAUACUGAACUGCCACUUUUUAACUGGAAGAAAAAAUAGGCAACAUGAUAAAUUAUCAAGGGAAACGUGAAAUAUCCAUUACUGAAGAUAGACUUGGAGUAGAUAUCCAUCAUGGUUUGGAAGGAAGCUUUUGGUGUUUCCUUAGCACUGAAGUGAGAACAGAUGACCGGCUAGCUCAGGGCUGCCUGUGUGGCUUGAAAAACAAUGGAAAGUAAUGAUAUAUGGCCUUUUUAAAAGCAAAGAUUUUUAAAAAGCAGACCAGUAAAUGGUGUUUAUACAGACAUGCCUGGCUAAAGGUUUGGGUGAAGCUGCUGGUGUUUACUAACUGAGCUUUUCUUAAGAACUGUAAGGUGUCCUCAUUUGAGGCAGUUCAUAAUUCUGGCUGCAGGUUUUUUCCCACUGAUGCAGUUUUAGCAGUUUUGUGAAAAGAGAACGGGGUAGUUUUAUGGUUCCUUAACACUGCUUUCUCAGUUUCCAAGAGUGCUGUGACUUCUUGGUGGGCACGGUUCACUCAGCUUUAGUCAGUUUGUCUUGAAGUGGCCUCAUGAUGAUAGGAUAGUCUGCUUUUGACACAUCUUGAGGUAGUUGUAGCGAACUGGUUGAAUUCAUAGUAAUGCAAAUAUGACUAGUUCUGAAACUGUGACUUCAUUUCUACGGGCAGCACUGCCGUAAUAUUUCAGAAUUGGCGUUUCCUCUGCGCUCCUUGAGCAGUGUCAAGUGGGUGCAGGCGCUGCAGCUGCUCUGGCUCUUGGUCCAGCCUGAGUCCCAGUGUUUGCACCUCCUUGGAUGCAUCAUCAGGGCUUUUGUUUCUUUCCUUGUGGUUUUAGGCUGACUGUGUUUAGAUGUGUUUACUAAUUAUGUCGAGAAUUUAAAAAAUACUGUUAGAAGCAUGAUGGGAUGGGGAAGCAAAUUGGGUAUCUCAGAGCUCCUCAAUCUGUGAUCCAAGAAACUAACUUAAAAAAAUCUCUGUAAACUACUCUCAUUUGAGGUCAUUAAAAGAAAUAAAAACAAGCAAAAAACACCUUUUCAAAAUAUCCUGUAAAGAUUCUUACGCUCCGGGAGAAAAGUCAAGUCCUUGAUGACUCAGUCUCUGCUUAUUAGAGUAAGUACCAUGCAGAGAUCGUAGUGCAGUGCGUCCUGAUGAGCUCUGGAGACUGGGCUGGGCGCUCUGCUCCAGGCUUCUAUUUUGACUUGAGCCAACAAUUGAAACUUUUUCCCUCUUUUAUUGCAGGUGUCUCUCCUAUCAUAAUUGAACUCAUUGUGUUUAAACCAAACAUCUCACAUUUCUCUCUUGCAGAUUGCCAAGUGCUAUUGGUUCAUAUGUGCUACCUAAUUAGUGGUAUUCUUUUGUUUUUCCUCCCAUUUUUGAUAACAAGCACAGAUGGGCAGUACCCUCAGGGGUUCAGGUACAUGUGAAGAUUUCUUGGCAGAUCAAACCAUUGAUCACCUUGUCCUCAUUUCUACUUGUUCUGUGUUGACAAGGGAGCGUGCCCAAAUGAGCAAGGUAUCACAGCAGAACAGUACCCCGGGCGUGAAUGGAAUAAGUGUCAUUCAUACUCAGGCUCAUGCCAGCGGCUUACAGCAGGUUCCUCAGCUGGUGCCCGCCGGCCCUGGGGGCGGAGGCAAAGCUUUGCCUCCAAGCAAGCAGAGCAAAAAGAGUUUGCCCAUGGAUCGCAACAGUGACGAGUAUCGUCAGCGCAGAGAGAGGAACAACAUGGCGGUGAAAAAGAGCCGGUUGAAAAGCAAGCAGAAAGCGCAGGAUACGCUGCAGAGAGUGAAUCAGCUCAAGGAAGAGAAUGAACGGUUGGAAGCAAAAAUUAAAUUGCUGACUAAGGAAUUAAGUGUACUGAAAGAUUUAUUUCUUGAGCAUGCACACAACCUCGCAGAUAAUGUGCAACCCAGUAGCACUGAAAAUACGACAAGUUCUGAUAAUGCAGGACAGUAGACCUCACCCCUUUCAAACGUCACAACUUGUGUCCUGAACGUUUAAAGGUGUGACUACCUACACUACUCGUAUCAGCGGCUGAAUCUCCAUUAUUCAAAGAUCCAUUGAAGGUUGUUUUCUAGGAUCAGCACUGAACAGUUGAUUAGCUAAAGAUGUUAGCCAUAUAAUUUGAAUAUCUGGUUUUAAAUGAUAAGGAUUUUUGUGGGGAUAAAAAACAUUUUUAAAGGUAUAUGGUAAAAAGAAAAAAAUGCCCUGGAGCUUGAUGUUCUUAAUAAAUCCUGACUUCCCAAGAAAUGUUUCUUUUCUAGGUUGACAAAAGGAAUGGGGAACUGGCAAGUCAUGCAGAAGGGUCUUGGUUUUAAUGGAUAUGGUUAAUUGGAUGAAAGAAAGUUGAAUGCCAUCUCUGUUCAUCUAUGUGUGACUUUUUUCUAAAUUAUGUAUUAAAAAUGCUUAGAGCUAUAGAAACCAAUCACUUUAUAAUUUGGAGUGAUUUUAUGUAUAGCAUAAACCUUGUUUUAGCAUAAUUAGUACCGUUUUCCCCAGCAAGUACAAGUUUUUGAAUAGUGAUGUCAGGUUAAGUAAAGAAACCCCAUUACAUUUUAAAGGCAGUAUGCAGCCAACUGGCUUAAAAAUAUAAAUAGCAUUUAGUAAGCAAAUAGGUUUUUUAAAAGUAAAAGCAAAGCAUUUGGGAUACCUUUGGGUUAUUGCAUUGGCAUUAUUUUGUUAAAAUUAAAAAAACAACUCAGUGGUUUAGAGAAACUUACGUACCAAAAUUUUAGUUUCUGCAGAUGCUAGUAAAGUAAGCAUUUUUUUUUUUAACAUACCAUUUGGACAGCCAAGUUAGUAAACAAAACGUCUUAACAGUUUAUGGCCACACAGGUUACUGAUUAGGAUUUUGAAUAUUAAUUUCAGCAGGUAGUUUCUCCUGUGUUCAAAUGCACUGCAGUGGGGCUGUGGUUUUUAAAAGCAAAAACUUCUUGUGAACGAUCACUUGGUAUUUGAUCUUAAACAACUGAUUAUUAGAAAAAUACGUCAUCAACUCCAUGCCAUUUCCCAAAAUAAUAGUCUAAGAAAACUUGAAAGUGUAAGGUUUAACCUUUAAUUUAUUUCACUUAAACACAUCGUUUUAUAUUGUUUUUGCGACAUUUUCUAGUUAGUGGGCUGUUCUUCCAGACUUUUGUACCACUUUUUAUUCAUUUGUAUGCAUUUAUGUCCCAUAAAUUAUUUUAGCAAGAAAAUACUGAUAAAACUCAGGAUAUUGACAUUUUUGUUAAGACUAAAAAGUGGCAGUCACUGAAGAUGGAAAUCUCUAGGGUCUGGCUUAUAUAAAUGUUGGUAGUUUUGAUUGUCCUUAUUGACAUUUUUUUUUUUUAAGAACAAUUCUAGCUCAAAUUUGUGUUUUUCUCUUUUUUUGGUUUUUGUUUUUGGGUGACCUAGGCUGGUGACAAGAGACUGAGUCACAUCAGAUUAAAAAGUUACCAGGUAUCUUAUUUGAACAUGGUCAUUUUGGGCCACAUUGUUGUUUCAUACUAGGACCUGGGACAGUGUAACCAGGAUGUAACUCCAGUUGCACCGUUGGGUUGGUGGAAGAGUGCUGUCUGUGCCCUUCUGGGCGGAAGAAGACAUCACAGUGCCCUGCAACUCAGCAAAGCCAUUAUUAAAGGCCAAGAGUCCCUUCUGCAUGUGACAAGAGCCCUGUAUUGUUCCAUGAGAGCAACUGUCCCAGGACGGUUAACUCCCUACAGAUCCAGGAGACAGGAUAGGGCUUCCUAUUAGGGUCCAACAUCGGUUUACUGUGGUUGGAGUAUGGAUCUACUUGUAGGCUGAUAGAUGUUUUAAAUGACUAACUAGGAGAUACCCACAGAAUCCUACUGAAUCUUUAAUAGCACCUCAUUGGAGAUGCAGUUAGGUCACUUGAAUCUUUAAGCACCUGUAAGAGGUGCUACAGACAUUUUUAAUCUCUUAUUUACUAAACAAUAUCUUUCAGAAAUGGUUGUCCCCAUGGAAUUUAUUGUUACCAAUUAUAUGAAUUGACUUAACUAUCUUGGAAAAGAAGCUUUAGGGAAAUCAUCAGGUAUGUACUCAAUUAUUUCAACUAAGAAAAUAAGAUUGUACCUUUUGGAAAAAUUCAAGCUUUCCUUUUACCUAUGCAAAUCAAAACUAGCACCAGCAGUCAUGCUUAGAACAGAAAUGUUAACCGUUGUCUUGACUAUCUCACUGAAGUGUUUGGGAAUGGAAGUUGUUAGUUGGAUAGAUUUAUCAGUAUAAAAUGGAGGGAAACCAAGUACGGGGAAUGGGUAAGUUUGGGAAUUGUAUAUGACUUCUGUAACUUUUGUCCUGUAGGUUACAUAUGAACCAUUAGGAUAUGAUCUGCCUUUGCUGGCAGGUCUAGUGGUUUAGGAAUUAGGCUUUAGUAUAAAUUUCUAGCUGCAUGUGAGUCUUCCGGGAUGGGUGUUUUCUGACAGGUCUUGGCUGCAGGUGGUGCGAUCCAACAGUUCUUCCUGCUGUCCGGCCCCUUUUAGUUACUGGGAUGUGAGCUCAGAUACUUUGGACGUUCUUACCAAGAAGUAGUAAAAUUUUAAUAAAAUAUGACCAGAUCUUUGAAAUUCAGGUCACGAGUGUGAAAUUCUCAAAUUUACAUAAAGAAGUAGAAGUAUGUACAAUUUAAUGUUUGGUGUUACAACAAAGGAAAUCGUAGCAGCUUUUGAUGUUUCUUAAUCCCCCUUAGAGGGCUUGAAACCUUGUACCUGAACAACCCAGUUAAAACACUCGAGUGUUUUUGAUGCCUUAGAAAUAGGAAAAAAUUUUGUUUGACAAAAGCUAGGAAGGAAGAAAGUCCGUCCUAUAGCUGUUAGAUCUGCCUCUCAGGAAAAAGUACUUGUUCUUUUUGUUCCUGGCUUUCCUCAGUUUGUGAGAUUACUCUAUUUUUUUAAAUAUAAUUUUAUUUCUUUCAAUGAAUUUGAAAUAAAAAAAAACUUUGGAAUAA